CAGUGUUAGCAAUUUAAUUGUGUUAACCUCUGUUUGAUUAAAUAUGCGUUUAAAAUAUGCCAAAACUAUUUUGGAAGCACAGGAGACCGAUAGUCCAGUCGCAGAUGUAUGCUGGUCUCCGAAUAAUGUGAAGUUAGCCGUAGCGACUGCGGAACGCAUCGUGUUCCUAUUUGACAGAGAUGGGGUACGGAGAGACAAGUUCAGUACUAAACCCUCGGAUCCAGCUGCUGGGAAGAAAUCUUAUGUUAUUACAUGUUUGGCGUUUAGUGAGAAUUCCGAGUUGCUUGGGGUAGCUCAAAGCGAUAAUAUGGUAUUUGUAUAUCGAGUCGGAGCCGACUGGAGCGGAAAGAAGGUGAUAUGCAACAAGUUCCCACUAACUGGCGCACCAUUGCGCCUGCUCCCAGCUGAAAAUGGUUUCUUUACGGGAACCAGCGAUGGAAAGAUACGUUCAUUGGACUGCAAAACCAAUAAGAGCUCCAGCCUAUGGUCAGCGGGUGCAUGCUGCGUUGCUUUAACAAAGGGUGGCGGUACCGAAGCGACACUAGCCUCGGGCCAUGUGGAUGGUACGCUCUACCUUAACGGUCGGCUGUUGUUACGUUACGCUCUUCCUCCAACCGCCCUUGUGCUGAUGCCCCCCUACUUGAUAGUUGGAUCCUGCGAUGGUCGCAUCGCGAUGUAUGAGGCGCAGCGAGGAGCACUGGUGCGAAACUUGGAGCCAACAUUACCACCUGACCGCAGAGAUCUGAUCUCCGCAACACUUAGCCCAUCUGGUCAGACGCUAGCCUUCGGCAUUUUCGAUGGGUGUCUGAUAGGUGAAGUGAAGGAUUCAGGCGGCAUAGAGCUGUCCACUCUGAACAUAUCCAACUUGUACGCUUGUCGUGCUCUUGCGUGGAGCGGCGAUGGCACAAAGCUGGCUGUGGCAUCGCAGACAGGGGCUGUCUUACAGUUCGAAGCUGUUCUAAGACGCUGGGUAUGGCGAGACUCUGUGAGCGUACAGCACGUGAGUCCGCGUCAACUGCUGCUUACCCGCUUGGCUAAUGACUCGCCACCACUAACAGUCAGCACUAAACUCGCACCUGACAUCUAUAAUGUUCGAUUUAUUGGACAUGACUGGUACGCAGUUUGUCGGACUAGUAAUAGCCUUAUACUUUGCGACAUUGCUCGUGGUUUGACUAGCGAGAUUCCAUGGAGUGGUACUGGUGAAAGAAUCUACGCAGAAGUUGGGGGUGCGUGCCUUUUGCUUCGUGCUGGAGAACUAAGCGUCGUAGAGUACGGACUUGACAAAGUAUUACAUACGGUACGCACGGAACGCGUGAAUCCGCACGUACUUAGCGUGCGUAUUAACGAGGGCCAGAAAGUUGAGGGGCAAGAUCGCAAACACCUCGCAUAUCUGCUCGACCGACAGACAAUCGCUGUGGUCGAUCUCGUUACCGGUAUACAGCUGGGACAGUGGUGGCACGAAGCUCGCGUGGAUUGGCUGGAACUAAAUGAGAGUGGGCAUUUACUUCUUUUAAGAGACACGCGGCGACGUCUUGCUUUACUACGUCUGGAUACUGGAGAAAAGGAUAUAGUGGCUAGUGGAGUUACUUUUGUGCAGUGGAUAGAAAACAGCGACGCUGUUGUCGCACAGACACCGACCCACUUGCUGAUUUGGUAUAGCGCGUGGGAGCCCCAAUGCGUAGAAAUGGCGGAAUGUGGUGGUGGUUCUGCUGUUGAGGUGACAGCUCGCAAAGUAUUGUUAGAAGGAGGAUUGUUGCCGUAUGUGCAGCUAGACGAGCAUCGCUUGGCCUUCAAUACUGCCCUUCGAAGUGGAGAUCUAGAUGGUUGUGCACGUUAUUUGGACUCCGUUUCCAGUACCGCUGAUGUGGCCUUACUUUGGCGCCAACUUGCUGAACAGUCACUCGCUAAUGAAGACAUACAAUUGGCAGCUAAAUGCUACAGCGAAGUUGGAGACAAUGCGCGGACUUUCUACUUGUUAAAAACUGUAGAGUUAGCGACCAGAGAAGGAAACGGAGAUACAGUUGAAGGCUUCAGUAGCCCAAUAGUUCGUGCGAGGCUCGCCAUAUUCGCCGGUGGUCUGUCAACUGCUGAAGAGUGCUACGUUCGUAAAGCCGGACAGCCGGAAUUAGCUGUUAACAUGUACAAACAAUUCAAUCGAUGGACCGAGGCUAUAACGGUUGCAGAAAAGACUGAUCGUGCUACAGCGAUGACUUUGAAGCAGCAGUAUAUGGACUAUUUGACUAACACUGGUCGUUUGGGUGAAGCCGGCGCAGUGCUAGCAGCGAACGGUGACGUCAAAGGUGCAGUGCGUUUAUGGUUGCGCGGUGGUCGCGCCCGUCGGGCCGCAACCGUGCUGUUACACCACCCGGCGCUCUUGCGAGACGAUGAGAUGCUUCAAGCUGUACACGACCAGCUCGUGCAGGAGGAAUGGUGGGAAAUGGCCGGAGAAAUUUCCGAGCGGAAAGGGGAUAGCAGAACUGCUGUGGAAUACUACGCAAAAGGAAAUAAUUACGCGAGAGCGGUUCAACUUGCCCGAGAGGCAUGCCCAGGUGAAGUAACACGCUUGGAAGGCGAGUGGGGCGCUUGGCUGGUGUCGUCUCGGCAGGCGGGGGCGGCCGUUCCUCAUCUCAUUGAGGCUGGGCGUACUGUUGACGCCCUGGUAGCUGCUCUAAAGGCGCAUCAUUACCGGAAGGCGUUGCAGAUUGUGCAGGUCAUAGAUGACAAGGAAGCCAUUCGUGAACAAUGCGAGCAGCUGGGUGAUCACUUUAUAUCUACCCAGGAAUGGGAAACAGCAGAACGAGUGCUUACGUCAUGUGGAAUGGCCGAAAGAUGCGUCCGCGCAUAUAAUUCCGCGGGGAAAGUCGCCGAAGGACUACGACUAGCCGCUGCGCAAUUAACGGAGGAAGAGACGAGAGACAUAUAUAUACCCUUGGCUCAGCAACUGCGGCAAGAGGGUCAGCUACGAAAGGCAGAACAGAUCUACAUCGGCCUCGGUGAUCCUGACGAAGCUAUAUCUAUGUAUAAGGAUGCAUCACAGUACGAAGCAAUGCUGCGAUUAGUGGCGGCUCAUCGCACUACCUUACUCGAGGCGACCCGACGACACGUGGCUCAGGCACUGCACGGAUCUGGUGAUCUGCGGGCCGCUGAGAAUUAUUACAUACAAGCUGGCGAUUGGAAGAGUGCUAUCCAAAUGUACCGUUCAAGCGGCCAAUGGGAGGGCGCAGAGAGGGUUGCGCGGGCGCAUGCUCCCGCAGCUGUGCAGCAACAGGUAGCUUUGCAGUGGGCGGCCGCUCUGCCUGCUGCACCGGCCGCCAGACUGCUGGCUGCAAGGGGACUGGCGGCAUUAGGUGCAAGAUGGGCUUUACAAGCUCAGAGGUGGGAUAUUGCAAUGGAGCUCAGCGACUUGGGAGGGGGUAUCACAAAACGAGAAGUAGCAAGACACGAGGCAGCUGCGUUAGCCGAGGAACGUCCAGAAGAAGCCGAAGCUGCUUUCUUGAGAGCUUCCGCCGCUGAAGAUGCAAUACGAAUGUGGCUUUCGAAGGGUCACCAUCAGAGGGCUUUGGUUUUGGCAGAACAGCACGCUUCGCAUAUGGUGGAAGAAGUAUUGAUAGAAGGGGGUCGGGUUGCUGCUGAAAGAGGUGAUCUUGUACAAUUCGAAGCUCUCAUGAUCCGCGCAAACAGACCCAGAGAGGUAGUACAGCAUUACAAGGAUCUGGAACUGUGGGAAGAAGCGGCUCGAGUUUCCCGCGAGUACUUACCGGAUAGCGCGGAACCGGUCCCGCCUUCCGUGCCACCGCUGCUGCAACGAGCUGCUGAUCAUGCUGACAGAGGCGAGUGGUGGGAAGCAGUUCAGCUGUUAUUAACAGCGAGUGCAGCUGGCGCUUCGGGAGGUGCAAAUAGACUGGCCGAGAGAGCUGCGUUGAGAGCGGCAAGGCUGGCGAGAGACCGACUACGAGGAUCACAGCGACGUAAUGCUGCCAAUAUGUUGGCUGACUCAUUUGCUUCAAUCGGACAGAGUGAGGUUGGCGAGCAAUUAAAAGCUGCACUUAUAGAAGGUAUUGAAGAGGACAACGUGGCAGGCACAUCAGCAGACUACGUUGAAGAAGAAGAACAGAAGCCUCAGGUGGCUGUUGCAGAAAAUGAUUCUGAAUCGGCAGCGUUGGAGAAGUUAGCACGAGCUGGGCAUUGGCAAAGAUGUCUUGCUCACGCGGGGUUAAAGGCUCCUCAUUAUGCUUUCAGAUACGUUGCGCACUUGUUUAAGACGCAUUCUCGUAUGGAAGGCGUAGACAUAGAAAGCGAAGACGUGCCAGAAGUUUUAUCGCAGGCUUUAGAUACAUUACGCCAGUAUCUAAGCGAGGACAACGGUGUUAUUAUAUCCAGCAGCGAUGUGCCUUUAGCAAAGGCUAUUUGCAGUGAAAUUCUGGUGCGAAUAUCUACGGCACCCAAAGCACUUGCAGCGAUGAAAGACGCUGGAUAUGUUAUGAUUGCUGCAGGAGCAGAUGACAGAGUUUUACAGGCUCUCACAUUGUUGAUGGGUCUCCACGUACCACAAAUCUCAUCAAAAGUAGCUCGGGCAUUACCUCGGUACACAGAUAUUAUAGUUGCAGAUGUAGCAUUUUACGCCUGCGGCGAGGUCAUUCGAGCUGAAACCUCAAACGGUGCGCGGGAGGCAUUUGUCAUGCUCAACCACUGUCUUGAUCUCGCUGAGGCAGCUGACGAAGACUCUGUACAUCUCCUAGAUUACACAGAUUUUGAGUGCACCGACUGGCCACGAACUCCUUUGGUGUUAGAAAGCGCGUGUGUUCGUGGCGCUCCGUUAGAUGCGCUUAGAGACUGGGUACUUGCAGUAUCUAUGGACCAGCAGGUUGAACAGACACUCCCGGUGGAUGGUCGUGGCAAGUACAGUUCUUUCGUUGGAGAUGAUGAGCCGUUCUGUGUACUCACUGGAUACCUUCUGGCAUCUCGUCUUGUCACGUUUACUAACGGUCGCUGUGCGAACCGUGAGUGGUGGUCUCGUGUAUCGCACGCGGCUCGUAGCGGUGCCGCCCCAGCGGCGUCAGUCUUGCAACAUAUCACCAAGUGGUGCGGGCCAGCUGAUUACUCUCAUAUUUGAGCUCACAUACGUCGGUUGCAUGUGUGCAGGGGUGGUUUGGGGACGGAAAUAUGUGUAUAGU